AUACAAAACAGUCAUAAGCUAUCGGAGUCCAUUGAUCAGGUCUACCCAUAGCGAGGCCUGACCCAAAAUUAUGGGCCCUAAAUUAGGGUCUACUCCCUUAAUUUUAUCUAUAGAGGGGGAGAGUACGGUAACUAACAUUUUCCGAUUGCUCUCUUCUCCUUUCAUCUCUCUCGCUCUAGCUGCUACUGCCGGCGGCAGCAAUGGGCACAAGCCUGUCUUCGUAGAGAGAUACAUAGAAGAUGCUACUGAGGCGGCGAAGUAUUUUGGCCAUUGUUUCUUCAGCUCCAGCGUUUAGUAGAUUUCAUUUUCAACAAGAUAUAGAAAUGCGUAUGGUUCAAUUGCCAAGUUUGUUGUUUACCAAUUCCAUCGCCCGUGUUUCUUCUUCUACUUCCACUUCUAGAUAUAAAGAUGCAAGCUUUGUCGAUUUUCUGAGGGAUAAAUGCAAACAUGGUUCAUUUAGUAAUGUAGAUGAUGCCUUAGCUUCCUUUGAUCAUAUGCUUCGUAUGAAUCCUUUGCCUUCUAUUAUGCAAUUUAAUCAGUUAUUUUCUGUGCUCGUGAGAAUGAAGCAUUAUGCCACUGUGGUUUCCCUGUCUAAAAGACUUGAAUUGCUAGGAAUCUCAUAUAAUGUAUAUACUCUGACCAUCUUGAUUAAUUGCUUCUGCCAUUUGCACCUUGUGGGUUUUGGGUUCUCAGUUUUAGGGAAAAUUAUUAAGUUUGGAUUUCAGCCCACGGUUGUAACGUUGAAUACCUUAAUUAAUGGACUAUGUAUAGAGGGUAAAAUUGUUCAAGCAGUGGAACUAUUAGAUGAGAUGGUGGCAAGAGGGUAUCAACCAACUGUAUAUACUCAUACAAUGAUAGUAAAUGGGUUAUGUAAAAUUCGGAAAACAAGCAUGGCUAUUGGUUGGAUGAAGAAAAUGGUCGAGAGAGGUUGUGAGCCAGAGGUGGUGGCAUACAGUACGAUCAUUGACAGCCUUUGCAAGGAUAGGCUAGUUAUUGAGGCUUUAGAGCUCUUCUCUCAAAUGAAGAGUAGAGGAAUUUCACCUACAGUUGUCACUUACAACUCCUUAAUUUAUGGUAUGUGCAAUUUGGGCCAAUGGAAGCAAGCAUCAACACUAUACAAAGAAAUGCCAGAGUGGAACAUCACACCGGAUGUAGUUACCUUAAGUAUAUUGAUUGAUACACUUUGUAAGGAAGGAAUUGUUUUGGAGGCACAAGGUUUUUUUGGUAAAAUGAUUCAAAGGGGCAUGAAGCUUGAUGUUAUCACUUACAGUUCCUUAAUCCAUGGUCUUUGCAGUUCAAGCAAAUGGAAGGAAUCUUCAACUUUGUUGAAUGAAAUGCUCACGCAAAACAUCACUCCUGACGUUGUAACCUUCAGUAUAUUAGUUGAUGUGUUUUGCAAGAAAGGAAUGGUCUUAGAGGCUCUAGGUAUUUUCAAUAUAAUGAUCCACAGAGGUGUAAAGCCCACUGUUGUUACUUACAAUUCAUUGAUAGAUGGAAAUUGUCUUCAAAACCAAAUUGACGAGGCCAGAAAAUUAUUUAAUGUGAUGGUCAGCAAGGGUUGUGCACCUGAUGUUCUUACUUAUAACAUCCUGAUUAAAGGAUACUGUAAGAUUGAUAGAAUAGAAGAGGCAAAGCAACUUUUUGAUGAAAUGCCUCACAAAGGGUUAAUUCCUAACUCUAUUACUUAUACUACUCUCAUAAGGGGCUUAUGCCAGGCAGGGAGGCCUCAUACUGCAGAAGAGCUUUUCAGGAAAAUGAUUUCUCAUGGCUGUCCUCCAGACAUAAUAACAUACUCAACCUUGCUUGAUGGCUUCUGCAAACAAGGGCAUCUCGAUGAGGCAUUGACACUAUAUGAAGAUAUGAAAAGGAGCCAGAUGAAGCCUAAUCACGUGAUCUAUGAUAUCCUGAUUGGUGGUAUGUGCAAAGCUGGCAGGCUUGAAGCUGCAAAGGAACUUGUUUCUGGUCUUUCAGUUGAAGGGUUGCAGCCUGAUUUUUGAACAUAUUAUGAUAAUCAAUAGCUUCUACUAAGAAGUAUUACUAGAUGAAGCAGACAAGGUCCUCUAAAAUGGAAGAGGAUGGCUGCACACUAAAUAGUUGCCCUUAUAAUGUGAUUAUCCAAGGAUUUCUUCACUACAAUGGUGCGUCAAAAGGCAGCAGAAUUCAUUCAUGAUGGUUUGCAAGGGAACUUCUGCAAAUGCAACCACAACAGGCUUGGUAGUGGAGCUUUUUCUAGUGAUGAUAUUGUUGUGGAAAAGCUAGUAGGGUUUUCUCAUGUUGAACAAGGUAGGUGAAGUGAGACAUUCAUAUUUAACGCCUCUUCAACGAAAGCAACAAAUUGCAAGGAGCUUCAAUCUUCUCUUUUGCAAAUUUAUCAAUAGAGAUUCCUUUUCCCAAGAUUUUGAGGCUUAUCGAUUUGUGGCAUUGUGGCCAUUUCAUAUGUGGAAUAUAUGCCUGCAUUAUUUGGUAUAUUCCAUAUUUGUUGAUUUGCAUCAACGUCGACUCCUAAUAAACAAGUUUCUCAAGUA